AACGGUUGCGUUUUCCGGAGCUCUCGAGAGUCCAGUGACGGCGUGCGCGGCGGCGACGGCGGUGGUCACCAACAUCAGUGCGGGUGUUUUCGGUUGCAGUCGAGUGCAGGAUGGAUAUGAAAAAGGGUGCAAUAAUAGAUGAAUGAAGUUACUGAGUGUAAAGGAAAACCGAUCCACUCUAGAAGUGCUGAAAAUUGUGAUAGUUGACUGGAAUAAAACGAGCUAUGACACGGAAAGAUGGAUGUUAUAUAAGCAAAUAAAUAAAGUACAAAAAAUUGUUUCAAGUGCUGGCGGAUCUUGAGCGGAGUCAAUCGUAGACGGAAAACUUUUUCUAUUUGCGCUGCCGGUGGAGAAAAAUGUUGAAAAUGCAGCCCGCCAAAUGGGCGCUUUUCGUUGCACUGUGCGUGACGGUUAGAAGAGCGGAUUUCAAAAAUAUUGAUCCAGUAGCAGAUAACGUGGCGGUACCGGAUUCGGAUGUAACGCUACAAGAUAGUCCACUUAGUAGGGUUAAGAGAAACAACGGUCUGCGAGGAACGUUUCGUGGUCAAACACAAUCACAGUAUUUACAUUUCGGGGAUAGUCAGGAUGGUAAAGCGGAAGCUGAAGCGACCCAGCAUGGGUCCAGAGCUAUUGUCGUGGGUACUAAUGGCAUGGGUCAGGCACAAAGUCAAUCUAUGGGAGGAGACUGUACGUCCUGCAUAGGAGUGGGCGGGAUUGACGGUGGAAGUUAUGUAUAUGAUUCUCGACCUGACCCAUUAAGAGCACCCGACGGUGGCGGUGGUCAGCAUCCUGGUGAUAGAUUGCGGCUUCCUGAUGGUUACGACGGUCGGGUACCGGGUACCGGUGCAUCUGACGUAGGUAGGGAUUAUCGUCCUGGAACGGAUGGGUUUAGACCAGGCAGUGAUAGGUUCGAUAAAUUUGGACAACCGGGAGUACUACGCCCUGCUGGAGGUAUUGGUCAAAUACCUGGUGAUGCUGGCGGUAGGGGAGGAGGAGCAGAUACAUCUAGCCGGCCUGGAACGGGACCAACCGGUCGUCCUGGUGAUACAUUUACGGGACCUGGUGAUUCUUAUGGUAGACCUGGCGCAGGAAGAGCUAGAGAAGAGUAUGGCGGUAGACCUGGCGAUGGACGACCUGUUGAAGGAGGUGGUAUGCAACCAACUGGCGCAGUAGAUGCGUACGGAAGACCACUGGGCGUAGAUGGCAGACCUACUGACUAUGUACCAGGCAAAUUUGAUUCUUUUGGGCGACCAUUAGGUCCAGGUGGCAGACCAACUGAUACUCAUGAUAGAACUACCGAUUUAUAUGGUCGACCAAUCGUCGACCAAGGCAUCAAUGGCAGACCAGCAACGGGGCCUAGCCAGCCUGGACAGGUAGAUUCACUUGGCAGACCGAUUGGUCCUGAUGGUCGACCUGGAUAUGAUGGACGGUAUGCACCAGGUACACCAGGCGUUACAGGUACUCCUGGAAGACCUUCUGUUCCAGGAAUUGUGCCUGGAACAAGUGAUGGUCGUUAUGUACCCGGAACACCAGGAGCUCAGGACACUUUUGGAAGACCAACUGUUCCAGGAAUUGGUGUACCUGGGACGAGUGACGGUCGUUAUGUACCAGGAACACCAGGAGCUCCUGGUGGCUUUGAAGGACCUGGUGUUCCAGGAGUGAGUGCACCUGGAACAAGUAACGGCCAUAUUCGUGGACCAGAUACUGGAAGGCCUGGAGGAAUUGGCCCAGCUAGCGUACCCGGAACUAUUGCCAAACCAGGGCUACAAGGAGGUCCAGGUGGCAAUGGUGAUGCAGGUGGAAGACCUGGUGGCCUUCCAGGUCAUAUUGGGGGACCUGGUGUCCCAGCGGUUGCCGGUAGACCUGGGUUAGAGCGGGACCGCGAGAUUAACGGCGGAGGUAGACCUGGUGACACACCCGGAGUACCAGGAGCACCAGGUUUCCCGGGUACAGCUUAUUAUGGACCUGGGCACACAACAGGGGGACCGCAACCACACGUGGUUGGUCCCCCACUGAGCAGCUUUGGUCCUGGAACAGCACAAUCAACCAUCUAUCAUACCGGCGGUCAUUCGGUAACCCUUCCCGGGCAUGACCACACUGUAGUUAACCCUACCGGAGGACUUACCGUUUUAGUUGGUACCGGAAGCCCGAAACAAACGGUGAUUGGAUCGGACAGUAGGCUAGAUGGUCGCGGACCUGUUCAAAUUAUUCCAGGACCACCGGAUGGAACUGGACCACCAAAGCAAACGGUGUAUGCUCAUCCUGGUGGAUUGACCGUACUGGUAGGCACGGGAGGGCCACACCAAACAGUUCAUCAUUUACCGGUUUCCGGCGCAGCUGGCGUUCCACAACAAAUCCAUACGGCAGGGGUUGGCCAACAAUAUUUCCCACAACUGGGGCCAGGAUUUCCCGGACAACCAGGACAAAUUGGUGUACCCGGUGGUGUCGGACAAUGGACUGGCGGACAAACCGGAGUGGCACAAACUGGAAGCGUUGAUGGUAGACCGUAUCCAAGUGGUGCGGGGGAAGUUAGAUAUCCAGUGGGAACUAGUCAACAACCAGGGGCGGCUGGACCAGGUCAAUAUCAAAUACCUGCCGGCAUUGGAACUGGUCGGUAUCCAGGAGGAACAGUAACGGGUCAAUUGCCAGGCGUCCAAGGACAAUAUCCAGGCGGAGUAGGCACUGGCCAGUAUCCAGGAGCAGUGGGUCCUGGACCAUCUACCGGAGGAAUAGCUGCUGGUCAGUAUCCAGGAGGCACAGGUGUUGCGCAGUAUCCCGGAGGUCCUGGUACAGGUCAACUUCCUGGCCGACCAGGUGCUGGUCAAGCUCUAGGAGGAGCAGGUGUGGGUCAGUACCCUGGGGGGGCAGGUGCUGGACAGUAUCCAGGAGGCGUAGGUGCUGGACAAUAUCCAGGAGGGGCCGGCGCUGGACAGUAUCCAGGAGGCGCCGGUACUGGGCAAUAUCCAGGAGCUGGUACUGGACAAUAUCCAGGAGCGACCGGUACUGGGCAAUAUCCAGGAGGGGCCGGCACUGGACAGUAUCUAGGAGGCGUCGGUGCUGGACAGUACCCAGGAGGUGCCGGUGCUGGACAAUAUCCAGGAGCUGGUGCUGGACAGUAUCCAGGAGGGGCCGGCGCUGGACAGUAUCCAGGUGGCGCCGGUGGUGGACAGUAUCCAGGAGGCGCUGGUGCCGGACAGUAUCCAGAAGGAAUUGGCACUGGACAAUAUCCAGGAGGAGCAGGUGCUGGACAAUAUCCAACAGGCGCCGGUGCUGGGCAAUAUCCGGGAGGGACCGGCACUGGACAGUAUCCAGGAGGAGCCGGUACUGGACAAUAUCCAGCAGGGGCUGGCGCUGGACAAGUUCCAGGGGCUGGUGCCGGACAGUAUCCCGGAGCCGGUACUGGACAAUAUCCAGCAGGAACAGGCGUUGGACAAUAUCCAGCAGGAACAGGCGUUGGACGAUAUCCAGGGGCGGGUGCCGGGCAGUAUCCUGGAGCCGGUGCUGGACAGUAUCCAGCUGGAACAGGCGUUGGACAAUAUCCAGGAGGAGCAGGGGCUGGUCAAUAUCCAGGAGCAGUUGGUACUGGACAAUAUCCAGCAGGAGCCGGUACUGGCCAAACUCCAGGAACAGGUGGCGUGCAGCAUCCAGGAGCUGUAGGCGUUGGACAGCAUACAGGAGUAACUGGCACUGGUCAAUAUCCCGGAGGAGCCAGUGCUGGCCAAUAUCCAGGAGGGGUUGGAGCAGGUGCAGGACAGUAUCCCGGAGGUGUUGGAACUGGACAACCUUUAGGAGGAACAGGUGCUGGUCAGUAUCCAGCAGAAACCGGUGUUGGACAAUAUCCAGCAGCGACAGGUAGUGGCCAGUAUCCAUCCAGCACAGGACAUCUGCCAACAGGUACUGGAAGUGUUAGUGGAGGACAAUAUCCACAUGGUACUCAUUAUCCAGGUAGCACUGAAGGAGGCCAAUAUCCAGGAGUAGGAACUGGUGGGGUGAGUACGGGACAAUACCCUAGCGGAUCCGGCGUAACUGGAGCAGGAACGGGGCAAUAUUAUCCUCCAGGACAGCGGCCGGUUACAGUUGAUCAAUAUCCCAGCACAAUAGCACAAGGAGGGGGGGUUGUCGAUGGGACAACAGGAGUAUUGGAACCAGCAAGUAUUCGGGUAGCGGAAGAAGACGAUGAUUCCUUUUCCCAAGCUGAAUCGUCAGUGACCAACGGCGAAGUGAUUGCCAGCGCCCAAGGGCGUAAAAAUGGAGGCACAGCGCAGACUCAAGUUUCCGGCACAUACACCGGAACAGGAUCGUUUAGUGCAAGCGCUCAAACCAGUGAUAGUGAUCGAUCGGCUCAGGCACAAGUGUCCGGCGGCAAAGAAGGUGCUCUUAGCUCCGCCCAAGGUACCGGUGGAAUUGGCAAAUCUCAAUCGCAAGUUCAGGUCAAUUCGAAAACGGGAGGAACUUCAGCUACAUCACAAAGUGGAGGACUAGGUCAUGAAAGUCAAUCCGAGGUCGUAGCAAACGAAAAGGGUGGAUUGGCCGAUGCCCAGUCGAGUGGUCCAGGUCAGACAUCCUCACAAGCGCAAAUCGGAUUCCGUCCACAGAGUGAAGACAACACCCAGCUGAACAUAUUCAACGGAGGCGGUCAGGCGUCUGCGCAAUCUGGGACACAUUCUGGUCAAAGUCAAUCGCAAAUCAGCGGAAACUUCAAGUUCGGGAUCUCUUAUCACGGAGCGGCCCAAUCUGCUUCGGGCACCAAGGAGCAAGUGUCUCGCUAUCGAGAGAAGGGCAAACAACUGUUCCAAUCAAUUGGAUUGUUCGGAAAAACCAACAACGGAGUUGCGGUAAGACGAGAAUCAGAUGUUUUGGAUCAGAAUGGUUUGCGAUUAAGAACUUCCCAACAGAGUCAAGUUACCGACUUCCACAAUAUACUUCCUAAGCCAGAAGAGGAAAUCGAAUAUGAAGAAGAGGACGAGGAAUACGAGGAGGAAGAUUAUGAAACUACUGAGUCAGUUCCUCCGGGAAUCGAGGCGAAGUCACGGAAGACAUCCAGCGAUGAUGAUGAUAAGAAAACCACCAUCGUAGAAAUGCCACCACCGACGGUUCCAUCUUCAACGGUAACUACAACUCUUCGGCCAAAUCGAAACUACAACAUCAACAACGGCAAUGGAAAAACGUUCUCGCAGAACACACCAGGCCAGAAGCAGGUGGCUGCCGUGCAAAAUUUAGACAAGUUCCGUCUCGUACAGACGCAGAACGGAAAGACAACCGUCCACGCAACACCUGGUGAGAAACCUCCGGAGGGUUUCAACAAUAUAAUCGGUCAAAAGUCGAACGGCGCUAGCGAGUUGACAACGCAAAGCGCACAAGUAACGACUUCUACGCCAAAGUAUCACACCCGCUACCUGCCCUCGAAACAUGCGGAUUCUACAGGAAAUCGACUAACACAGGAAAGUGAGCAACCCAAUCCCGAUAGUUAUAUUUCUGUAACCAAGCAGGUUACCGGCAUCGAUGAAAAUAGUAAAGUACCAGCCAUACCAGGCAAAAAUUACGAAUCAACCUACUACACCAAGUCGUCAACCUGUGGUUACUUUACCUUCUCCUGUAAUAUUGUCUACGGAGCGACCGGGCGCAGCAAAAUCUGCAGGCCGAAACCACCUACGAAUGGUAAAUGUUAGACUAACUAAUUACUUAAUACCGUAGAGUCUAAGCGAAAAAACCAAGAAAACACCCAAUAUAACUGCCAUUUUAAAUAAGCUGUUUUAACUGAACAGAAACUUUAACAACUGCCAAUAAUCACACGCCAAAGCGUCCCAAACAUUUGUACAUGUCAGUGCUGCACGCCGUUAGUCAGAUUAGUAAGCAAUAGUCAAGCCACGUGUUCUAAAUGUUUCUCUGUACCAAAACUACUAAGUUAGUGCCUUACAA